UGGCGGAGAGAGUGUGCCUGGCGCCCGGUUAGCGCGCGCAGGCUCGGAACCUCCCGCACCGCAAGUGGGCGCCGCGCGCUUCCCAGGCUUUCCAGGUGGGCGCUGGCUGCCAACCCAGCGCCCGCCCGCCCCCCGGGAUGCACGCCCUCCACGCCGCGCUGGCACUGUGGCUCCUGGAGGCUCUUCGAGCCUUCCCACAGGAUAAAGCCCACACAGCGACCUGUGACGGAGACCCCAGCAACUACUAUGACAAGACUGCCGGGAGGUGUUGUUACCGCUGCCCCUCGGGACUGUCCCCGAUGCAUCCGUGCCCGCAGACGUCUGCUGACUGCACCAAGCAGUGUGAGCGCGACUACUACCUGAGUGAGUCUGGCCGCUGCACCCCCUGUGUGUCCUGUUCACGAGAUGAACUUGUGGAGAAAAUGCCAUGCUCGCGGAACACACCCCGUGUCUGUGAAUGUCGCCCAGGCAUGUACUGUGCCACACCCGUCGCCAACUCCUGUGCCCGCUUUGCUGCCCCUGCAGGCACAGCGAAGAAGGACACUAUCUGCGAGCCACUUGCCCCAGAAUCCCGUCCUGACUGCUCCAGCCCAGCCGGCUGCAAGGCGCCGAACAGCAGCAAAGACUCCCAGGUCACUCCGAUGUCCCCAGAGUGGCCGGGGGACAACUCUAAUACCAGGACGACACUUCUUAGAGGGGGCGCCUCCCUCACCCCUGAAGAAGCUUCAAGGCUGAUGAGGGCUUCUACCUCUCCCUCCUCCCUGGGGAAGCUCAGCCCAGAUCCAGGGCUGUCCCCGAUGCAGCCAUGCCCACAGGGGUCUCCCAGCUGCAGGAAGCAGUGUGAGCCCGACUACUACCUGGACAGGAAUGGCCGCUGCAGGGCCUGUGUGAGCUGCUCAAGAGAUGACCUCGUGGAGAAGACGCCAUGCUCGUGGAACAGCUCCCGUGUCUGCGAAUGUCGGCCUGGCAUGCACUGUGCCACGUCAGCCACCAACUCCUGUGCCCGCUGCGUCAGCCUCCCCAAGUGCACACCGGCGAUGGCUGUCAGACGCCAGGAAAUGGCCACGAGGGAUACCACCUAUAAGUCGCCUCCCCCAGGGAGCCACCCUGACUGCAGCAUCCCCCAAGGGAGCAGUGAGAAGCCCGCCAGCACCACUCCCACCCCAACCCCCCUGCUGGUCUCCCAGACCCGCAAGAUGCUGUCCGUCCCAACAAGCGCUCCCAUCUCUCUCUCCUCCACGGCAAAGCCCAUUGUGGAUUCAGGACCCGCUCUCUUCUCGGUGCUGCUUGUGCUGCUGGUGUUGGUGGUUGGCCUCUUCUUCCUCCUGUGCUACUGGAGGCCCUGCAGGAAGCAGAUCCGGCAGAAGCUCCACCUGUGCUACCCAGGCCAGACCUUCCGGCCCAGGCCGACACCUGCAGAUUCCAGUCCCAGGAGGAACCUUACACAGCCCAGGAGGAUUGAAGCAGAGGAAGAGCUGGGGUUAAUGAGCCUUCCAGCUGUGGAGACCUGCCUUAAUGUGGGCGCAGCCUGUCCAAACAGCCUGCCGCUACAGGACGCCAGCCCGGCUGAGGGCCCCUCAUCUCCCAAGGACCUUCCUGAGCCUCGGGUGUCCACAGAGCACACCAAUAACAGGAUUGAGAAAAUCUACAUCAUGAAGGCUGAUACAGUGAUUGUGGGAACCGUGAAGACUGAGGUGCCCGAGGGCCGGGGCCUGGUGGGGCCAGCAGAGCCCGAGUUUGACGAGGAGCUGGAGGUGGACCAUGUCCCCCACUACCCGGAACAAGAGACAGAACCGCCUGUGAGCAGCUGUGGGGACGUCAUGUUCUCAGUGGAGGAGGAAGGGAAGGAGGACCCUGGGAAGUAAGCCUGUCUAGGCUGGGCUAGGCCUACAGCUGGGUGCCCUCUGAGGCCAGGAUGACACUGGUGGCAUCGAGGUGUGGGGUGAGGCCCAUCUUAUCUGAACCACCUAGUGAGGUUCCAUUGACCAGCUAGUCAGUGCAAGAUGGCUUCUGGUGGUCUCUGCGAGCAUCCCACAGUAGCUGCUCCCUGACCCAGACCCUAGGGGACUGAGGCGCGUAUUGCAGAGACGCUGCAAAGAGACUGGGUCCAAGCGGUGAUGUUCACUGGGGUGAGGGCCAGAUGGCAGGUGCCGGCCACCCUCCCUCCUGCUGCUGCCAUGAACGGAGCUGGCCCCAGAGCUUUGGCCACCAGACACUCACUGCAGGGCCAGGGCCCGUGAGGGAGAGGCCGCUGUGCCCCUGCACCUCCUCCUCUCUCCCUGGUCCUCAGAGGUGAGGCCCCUUGGCCUUGCUGGCAUACCCCGGUUACUAUCAGUGUUGUCCCCAAUGGGCACAGAGCCAGUGCCUGUGGUUGUUUCUCCUGAGUCAAAAGAGAAGUCUAGGGACGGGGUGUGGUUACUUGGUACCAUCUUGGUUGUAGCCAUUGCACUGCACCCUGCACCCAGGUGAGGGCCAGCCUGGUCCUCAGCCCUGCUUGGGCUGAGUGGGACUUUCCUGGUGCUGCUCACCUUCCCUGCUCUGUAGCUCCCACAGUGGGCUCAGGGCCCAGGACCAAUCCACUCAUCUUGAUAGUCCCCAUCAGUCCUUGCAACUGGAGACAUCUGGGGCCCAGAUAUCUACAGGCCUUCAGCAGCAUAGCACCCAGACCCUGGCUGGAGACCCUCCCACCCAGCUACUGCCACAAGAAGGGCCUGGUUUGCUUUCCCAGAGACUUCUUCCUGCACAGAGAUGAGGAAGUGUGCCCCAUGGGGGCUCCUGCACUGCUGCUGGGCACCACCCGCUCUGUCCUGGGAAAUGCAGAAGCAGCUUCCUUAGAUCUGCCAUGCUUGCAAAUCCACUGGCACCAGCUGGCUCCUGUCACUCUGCACCCUCCAGGGUGGUGGCGGUUGAGAAGCGCCAUGUUUGGCCCAGACAUCCUGCCUGACUCUGGGCCGUGGAGAAAGGCUGAGUGUGUGGUGGUUCGAUCUGGACUUCAGGAGUUUUGCAUUUCACACUUAGGAGUGGAGCUGCCCUGACACCCUGGUCUUCAGCCUCACCUAGGCCAGCAUGCAGCCAGUGACUAAUACGCCACAGUAGCUCUGAGCUGUGGGCAGCUUGGAGACUCCAGGACUUACCCGCUGGAGGCCGGACCUGGGAAGCUGCUGUUAACUCACGAGGCUGCUCGCUCUCUGGAGGAAGUUGGGGCGGGCUUAGGAGUCACAGGGUAGUUUCUGAAACUUCUCAGAUGUUUUGAGGGAGGUUGGAAAGUCUGGGACAUUGUAAGAGGUACUUAUACCAGAAUCUGGACACUGGCCAGAAGCAUAAGAGAGGUGGAUGA